ACCAACCCGGCAAAAUUUCAAAACUGCCCAAACGAGUAACAAAUCAAACUGAAGUAAUAGGCCCAAAAAUGGAACUGAAGCCCAUAAAAAACAGUCGAAAGAAGACCCAAACGAGCAAAAAUGCCCAUGAAGCAGGACAUCACCAAUGCACGUGUCAUGGAAAGCGUUAAGUUUCAACACUGUCUGAAGUCUCUGAAGCUUCUGUAGACUAGACAACCAUGGCCUUAUCUCCAAACUUCCAUACAAUUUUUGCCACCUCUCAAUCGUCUUCAAACUCUGCUGCAUCUCCCAAGCUUCCCGCUUCUCACUCUUCUCUUAGCAGCUUUCACUUCCCAACCAAACCUGUCAAAAGCAACAGCUACAACCUGUCAGGAACAUCAGCUCCUGAUGAAAAAUGGAGGGUCAAUAUUUCUUUCUUCCCUGCUUUCUUAAACAAAGGCAAGGAUGCUAAGGUCCUGAAGGAAGAGCUCCUUGUCGCCAUUGCACCACUUGAUCGAGGAGCUGAUGCCACCCCUGAGGACCAGCAGAGGGUUGAUCAGUUAGCACGCAAACUUGAAGCAGUUAAUCCCAUAAAGGGGCCUUUGAAAUCUGAUUUAUUAAAUGGAAAAUGGGAGCUUAUUUACACCACGUCCGAAUCUAUUUUGCAGACUCAGAGACCUAAAUUCCUAAGAUCAACUACAAACUACCAAGCAAUUAAUGUGGACACACUUAGGGCCCAAAAUAUGGAAUCUUGGCCUUUCUUCAACCAGGUUACAGCAGAUCUAACACCUCUGAAUGCAAAAAAGGUGGCUGUAAAAUUUGAUACUUUCAAAAUUGGAGGUCUGAUACCUAUUAAGGCACCUGGAAGAGCUCGUGGGGAACUAGAGAUUACAUAUUUGGAUGAAGAACUGAGGAUAUCUAGAGGUGAUAAAGGAAACUUGUUCAUCUUGAAAAUGGUUGAUCCAUCUUACCGCAUCCCUGUUUAAUUGAACAGCAGCAUCAGCACUUUUCUGCCAUUAAGCGUUUACAAGGAUGGAUUGGCUCCUAAUCUCCCACAAGCUUUACCGGCUACAUUUUAUCGUAGUACAUGGUUUGUCAUUUGUAAAAAAAAAUUUCCUUGGUGAAAUAGUUUCUCAAGGCAGCAGGCAAGUUUUGUUGUGAGGCAUGUUGUUACUUGGCUUUUUUGGAUAAUUACCUUCUACCUCGUUGACAAUUAGUACAAGAAUCGAUAAU